AGUUUAUAUGACAAUCAAUGGUUACAACAUCAAAGCAUUUAAGGCAAACAACAAAUCAAUACAUCAUACGGGUAUACCACAGAUCAAAGCAUUUAACAACAUGCAUGUAACAAUAUAUCAGUCCGGCGUCACACCCAAAGUGGGUCACCAAGAAAUGCACUUAGCCAACUGUAACAAUAGUUUAACCUUCUUCCUCGUACGUUUUUAUUUUCAUUAAACAACCAGCAGUUAAAUCGAACACAAGUUCAUGUUCCAUCAACAACAAUAUCAACAAAACAUUUACAUUUUUAUAGUUUAGCCAGGAACCUUUUAUCUAACAUGGCUGAUGUAGUUCAUCCUGUCAUCAUUGAUAAUGGAUCACAUACAUGUAAAGCUGGCUUUGGAGGUGAUCCUGAACCAAGAAUUGUCAUUCCUUCAGAAGUUGGUUAUCCUAAUGUGCCGGGUGAAAUGAUUGGAAAUGAACUCAAAGAUUACUACAACAAAAAGGACUUUGAUUACAAGAUUGUUCUUGAUUUGAAGCAUUCUAUUGAACGUGGUGUUAUUACCAACUGGGAUGAGAUGGAGAAGAUUUGGCAGUAUAUAUUCCACAAGUUGGAAGUUGCACCUGAGGAAAACUCUAUCUUGUUGACUGAGGCUGUUCAUAAUUCUAAGGUCAACAGAGAAAAGAUGGCCGAAAUUAUGUUUGAAAAGUUUAAUGCUCACACAUUAUGUAUUACUAAUCAGGCUUCACUGUCCCUUUUUGCUUCUGGUCGUAACACAGGUAUGUCUGUGAAUGUAGGUCAUGGCAUCACCCAAAUUGUCCCUGUCUAUGACGGGUCAAUUAAACGAGAUGCUGCUGUCCAGUGGGAUUUUGGUGGUGUGGACAUGACAGAUUACCUUACGAGUAUGUUGACUGAACGUGGCUAUUCCUUUGACAGUCCUUCUCAGACGGAAACUGUCCGUAACAUCAAAGAGAAGUGUUGUUAUGUUGCUCUAGACUUUGAACAGGAAAUGCAGACUGCAGCCUCUGAGAAAUAUAAAUUACCUGACAAGCAAGCCAUUACCAUUGGCAAUGAACGAUUCCAAACCCCAGAACUUCUGUUCCAGCCAGGUUUAAUUGAUAAGGGCUCUGAUGGCAUUCAUAAACUGAUUUAUAACUCAAUCAUAAAAUGUGAUAGGGAUAUUAAGAAAGACAUGUUUGCCAACAUUGUAUUGUCUGGUGGUUCAAUAAUGUUCAGAGGUUUUGAAGAGCGUAUGAAGAAGGAAAUCAGUUCUAUCACACCAGAUUCCACAAGGAUUAAGGUCGUUCGUCCAACAGGAUGGUGGCCUGGAGAUGCAGAAUUGACUUCUCUGCUUACCUCUAAUGACUUAUCAAUUAGCAAAGAAGAAUAUGAUGAACAAGGCACUCGAAAGUGCCAGGAGUAUAUUAUCCGACUUAAAAUCACAAACAUGGAUGAUGAAGUUGCCUCUGUUGUCAUUGAUAAUGGAUCCUAUACAUGUAAAGCUGGUUUGGGAGGUGAAGAUGCACCAAAAGUUGUCUUUCCUUCGGUUGUUGGUUAUCCCAGAUACCAGGGUGGAAUGGUUGAAAAUGAACUCGAAGUCUACUAUAUUGGAGUUAAUGCUGAAUGCCUGAGAAGUGAUCUUAAUUUGAAGUACCCCAUUCGACGUGGUAUUAUUUCCAACUGGGAUGAUAUGGAGAAGAUCUGGCAUUAUACGUUUAAUGAGUUGGAUGUUGAACCUAAAGAAUACUCUGUCUUACUGACUGAGCCUGUUGGUAAUUCUAAGGUCAACAGAGAAAAGAUGGCUGAAAUUAUGUUUGAAAAGUUUAACUCUCGUGCAGUAAUGGUUGCUAAUCAAUCUGCAUUGAGCAUUUUUGAUUCUGGUUGUGAUACUGGUAUUUCUGUGAAUGUGGGUCUUGGUUUUUCCCAAGCUGUUCCUGUCUAUGAAGCUUCAACAAUGCCAUAUGCUGCUAUCCAUCAGGACCUUGCGGGUCUCGACUUGACAGAUUACCUUGCAAGGAUCUUGAUGGAAUGCGGCUAUUCCUUCGACACAGCUUCUCAGAGGGAAAUUGUCCGUGACAUCAAAGAAAAGUUCUGCUAUGUUGCGCUAGACUUUGAACAGGAAAUGGAGACAACAGCCUCUUCUUCAUCUUUGGAAAUGAGUUAUGAACUACCUGAUGGACAAUUCAUUACCAUUGGAAAUGAACAAUUCCGAGUCCCAGAAGCUAUGUUCCAACCAGGUUGCCUUGGUAUGGAAGCUGGUGUUCAUGAAAUAACUUAUAACUCAAUCAUGAACUGUGAUGAAGAAAUUAGGAGAGAUCUGUUUGCCAACAUUGUGUUGUCUGGUGGUUCAACAAUGUUCCCAGGUUUUGCUGAACGUAUGAAAAAGGAAAUCAGUGCCCUGGCACCACCUGACACAGAGGUUAAUGUCAUUGCUCUACCAGAACGUAAAUACUCCUCAUGGAUCGGGGGUUCUAAACUGACCUAUAGUCCUCAGUUCACAGAUCUGUGGAUUACCAAAGAAGAAUACGAUGAGUCUGGCCUAUUUAUUGUCCAUAGCAAAUGUUUGUAA